CUCACAUUGGACAUCUCUUCAACAAGAGCAUCAGUGUGUGAGGAGGGACUCCAGCACUCAGAGAAAGGCGAGCGAAGCAGGAACAUGACAGCGGCGUCGGCGCUGUAAGACGUGCGAGCGGCAGACGAGAGCUCUGGUGUUGUAGCAGCGAUCGCCGGCUGGGAGGUCCCAAAAGAAGAAGUGCUAUCUUUCUGGACUCUUCUCUCGGAGCAAGCAGGAGGCCAUGAUGGGGAUGAAGGCUCUCCCCCUCCUAGUCUGCGUGAUUUUAGGCGUGGUCCUGCAGACCUCCAGUGCAGGUCUGGUCAAGAAGGUCCUCAGACACCGCAGGGAUAACCUGAUGGCUCAGAGGAGCCAGGAGAACUUGACGCUACCGAACCCCGAGCAGCCGGUGGUGUUCAACCACGUCUACAACAUCAACGUUCCCACCGCCUCGCUCUGCUCCGUGGACCUGGAGGCCCCCGGCGGCACGGGGCCCAAAGACGAGGGCGGUCCGCCGGACGUGCGGGAAGGCGAGCACACGCUGGACGGGGACAACCAGAUCGUCUUCACGCACCGCAUCAACAUCCCCAGGCAGGCGUGCGGCUGCAACAACCCGCCGCCUGAUCUCAAGGACAUCCUGAGCAGGCUGGAGAUGUUGGAGUCAGAAGUGUCCAGCCUGAGAGAGCAGUGCAGCAGUGGAGCAACUUGUUGUGCUGCUCAAGUUGCUGGGGAAGUCUCCACAAAGCCGUACUGUAACGGCCGUGGGAACUGGAGCGCUGACUCCUGCAGCUGCGUAUGCGAUCCAGGGUGGAAAGGCCCCAAUUGCACAGACCCCGAGUGCCCCAACGAGUGCCAGGACCAAGGCCGCUGUGUGGACGGAAAAUGUGAAUGCUUUGAGGGCUUCGCCGGCUACGACUGCAGCACUGAGCUGUGCCUGGUGGACUGCGGCAACUAUGGCCACUGUGUCGAAGGGUCUUGCCUGUGCGAGGAGGGCUUCGUCGGUGAGGACUGCUCCCAGACCAACUGCCUCAACAACUGUCUUAAUCGCGGGCGUUGUGUGGAUGAGGAGUGCGUCUGCGACGAGCCGUGGACAGGCUUCGACUGCUCUGAGCUCAUCUGUCCAAACGACUGCUAUGACCGCGGGCGCUGCGUCAACGGCACUUGCUUCUGCGACGAGGGCUUUGCCGGAGAAGACUGCGGCGAGCUCACGUGUCCGGGCAACUGCAACAACGCCGGCAUCUGUGUGAAGGGACAGUGUGUAUGCCGGCCCGGCUACAGCGGGGAGGAUUGCGCCAAGCGCGCCUGUCCCCAGAACUGCAACGAGCGUGGCCAUUGCUUCCACGGGAAGUGUAUCUGCGACCCAGGGUUUGAGGGCAACGACUGCUCCGUCCUGUCGUGCCCUGAAAACUGCAGCAACAGAGGCCAAUGCGUUGACGGAGAGUGCGUGUGUGAUGAAGGACACCAAGGAGAGGACUGUAGUGAGCGCUCCUGCCCAAACAACUGCCUAGAUCGUGGACGCUGCGUCGACGGAAAGUGUCAGUGCGACAAAGGCUUUACUGGCGAGGACUGUGGCGUCAAGACCUGUCCUAAAGACUGCAUGGGGCGUGGGGAGUGUACGGACGGCACCUGUGUUUGCUUUAUUGGCUUCACUGGUAAAGACUGCGGCGAGUUGACCUGUCCCAACGACUGUCACGGACGUGGUCACUGUGCGGAAGGACAAUGUGUUUGUCAGAAGGGUUUCACUGGCGAAGACUGCAGUGAGAAGACAUGUCCUAAGAACUGUCUGGACAGAGGCUACUGCAGUGACGGCAGCUGUGUGUGCUAUGAAGGCUUCACUGGACCAGAUUGCUCCGUCCUGACCUGUCCAGAGGACUGCCAGAACCAAGGACGGUGUGAAAACGGGGUGUGUGUCUGUGACGAGGGUUUCAUCGGUGAAGACUGCUCUGAAGUCUCACCUCCAAAGGACCUCACAGUGGAAGAGGUCUCACCUGAAACGGUGGACCUGUCUUGGCGGAACGAGAUGCUCGUGACGGAGUACCAAAUCAUUUACGUUCCCACCGCCCCUGGAGGUCUGGAGCUGGAUGUGCGGGUGCCCGGGAACCAGAAAAAGGCCACGAUUAGAGAACUGGAACCUGGCAUCGAGUAUCUGGUCAGCGUGUACGCGAUCCUCAACGAUAAGAGGAGUGUUCCUGUGAGCGCAAGGGUGGCAACACAUCUUCCUGAGCCAGAGGGACUGAAGUUCAAGGCAGUGAGGGAGACGUCUGUAGAGGUACAGUGGGACCCUCUUGACAUCCCCUUUGACGGCUGGAACCUCAUCUUUAGAAAUACUAAAGAGGAGGACGGUGAGAUUCUGAACUCCCUGGGCCGUCCAGACACCACAUUUGAACAGUCGGGCCUCGGACCUGGCCAAGAGUACGAAGUGAAACUGGAGGUGGUGAAGAACAAGACGCGUGGACCGCCUGCCUCCAAGAGUGUGGUCACAAGAAUCGACGCCCCCGGCCAGGUGAACGUACGCGAUGUGACGGACACCACAGCUCUGGUCACAUGGUUCCAGCCUGUGGCCCACGUGGAUGGAGUCAGCAUCUCGUACGGUCCGGGAUCGAACCCGGCGGACCGCAGCGUGGUGGAGCUUUCCCCGGGCGACACGCAACACCACCUUGGAGGCCUAACCCCCGACACUCAAUACGACGUCUCCCUGAGCGCACAGCGGGGACAAGGAAGCAGCCUUCCUGUCUAUCAGUCCUUCCUGACAGACUUGGACGCCCCCAGGGAGCUGCAGACGGUGGAGCUGACAGACGAGAGCAUCACUCUGGAGUGGAAGAACAGCCGAGCUCGGGUGGCCGACUACCGCAUCAAGUACGGUCCUCUGUCUGGAGGCGAGCACAGAGAGGUUCUCUUCCCCGCUGGAGCCAAGGACUCCACUCAGGCCAAGAUCUCUGGUCUCAGGCCCGGGACCGAGUACGGGAUGGGAGUGACGGCGGUGAAGGGGGAACGUGAGAGUCUGCCCGCCACCACCAACGCCGUGACUGCCCUCGACGCCCCCAAAGACCUGAGGGUUGCAGAGGUGACCGAGACCAGCAUGGUUCUGGAGUGGAGGCGUCCCCUGGCCAAGAUGGACUCCUACAGGCUGGUCUACGUUUCGGCGGAGGGCCAGAGAGCAGAGGAGGUGCUGGCAGGAGCGUCAGAGUCUCACACGCUGCGAGGCCUGACAGCCGGCACGCUCUACCGCGUAACCCUCAGCGCCGAGAGGGGCCGCCGGACCAGUGCACCCACCACCAUCUCAGCACCCACUGAGGAGCAGAAGCCCCAGGUGAGCAAUGUCACCAUCAGCGAGGUUUCUUGGGACACCUUCCUGCUGUCCUGGUCCACGGACCAGGCAAGGUCGGCGGGGGCCUUCCAGGCAUACCUGGUCCAGGUCACGGAUGCCGAAACCGGCGCAGAGUCGCAGAAUCUAACCCUCGGUGCUGACGCUCGCAGCGUGGUCAUCUCCGGCCUCAGUCCCGCCACCUGGUACAGGGCACACCUGUACGGAGUGUUCAGGGGCCAGGUCUUAGGGCCCGUCUUGGCAGACACCAUCACAGAGACUGAACCGGAGGUGCAGGCUCUCCUGGUGUCCGACGUCACGGCCCACAGCGUUAGGUUGGCCUGGACGGCCGACGACGACGCCUUCGACACCUUUGUCGUAAUGCUGAGUCAGGCGGGGGAGGGGCCGCGGCGACCGCGAGAGCUGGUGCUGGCCGGCGAAGAGAGAAAGGUGCACGUGGCGGACCUCAGCGAGGACACGCAGUACUCGAUUGAAAUCUUUGGACUCACUUUGGGAAGGAGCUCCAAGUCGGUAAUGGAGCUGGUGAGAACAGAUGUGGGGCCGCCCCAGGGCAUCCGCUUCUCUGACGUGACCGACUCGUCUGCCACCGUCCACUGGGCGCUUCCAAGAGCCCGCGUGGACAGCUACCGGGUCACGUACGUGCCAGCUCACGGAGGAAAGGCCGACACCGUGACCGUGGACGGGUCAGAGUCCCACACCGUGCUGCCCAACCUGACACCUGGACUCACCUAUGAGGUCACCGUGGUCGCACUCAAGGGUCAAAGGGAGAGUGAGCCGGGGUCGGACAGUGUCACUACUGCCCUGGACAAACCUCGUGGUCUGACUGCAGUCAACAUCACUGACACGGAGGCGCUGCUGCUGUGGCAGCCUGCUAUCGCUACAGUGGAUGGUUAUGUCAUCACCUACAGUGCAGACUCAGUGGCUGCAGUCACAGAGCGUGUGUCAGGAAACGUGGUGGAGUUAGCCAUGACCUCUCUGAUGCCGGCCACACGACACACCGUCAAGGUCUACGCCGUUCGCCACUUGGCCAGGAGCGCUGUGACCACAACCCAGUUCAUCACUGACGUGGACGCCCCCCAGGAGCUGGCAGCCAGCAAGGUGCAGACAGAGACGGCCAUGCUGACCUGGAGGCCGCCUCGUGCCGCCAUCACUGGCUACAUCCUCAGUUUUGAGUCUGCCGACGGCGUCAUCCGGGAGGUGGUCCUCAGUCCCACCGCCGUGUCCUACAACAUGGUGCAGCUCAGCGCUUCAACACAGUACUCGGUCAGGCUGCAGGCCAUCGCUGGUCCCAAGAGGAGCCGAGUCGUCGCCACGGUCUUCACCACCACCGGUGUGCUCUACAAAUACCCCAAGGACUGCUCUCAGGCCCUACUGAACGGGGAGAACACGUCCGGCCUGUACACCGUCUACCUGGGGGGCGACGAGAGCCAAGGCCUGCAGGUCUACUGCGACAUGAGCACUGAUGGAGGAGGAUGGAUGGUCUUCCUCAGACGCCAGAGUGGCAGACUGGAGUUUUUCCGCAAUUGGAAGAAUUACACGGCGGGCUUUGGAGACAUGACCGAUGAAUUCUGGCUAGGUCUGUCCAACCUGCACAAGUUGACAGCAGGAGGACAGUAUGAGCUCCGAGUGGACCUGAGGGACAAAGGAGAGAGCGCCUACGCUCACUACGACAAGUUCUCCGUCUCCGAACCUCGGACGCGCUACAAAGUCCACGUAGGAGGAUACAGCGGAACGGCAGGGGACUCCAUGACGUACCACCACGGUCGGCCGUUCUCCACGUACGACCACGACAACGACAUCGCCGUCACCAACUGCGCGCUGUCGUACAAGGGCGCCUUCUGGUACAAAAACUGUCACCGGGUCAACCUCAUGGGGCGAUACGGAGACAACAGUCACAGCAAGGGUGUGAACUGGUUCCACUGGAAGGGACACGAGCACUCCAUCGAGUUUGCCGAGAUGAAGAUCCGUCCAUCCAACUUCAGAAACCUGGAGGGGCGCAGGAAGCGCUCCUAGACGCCACGCCCACCUCGGCCCCGACAUUCGGACCGCCCGCACCUCCACCCAGAUCUGACCCCUGACCUCCCGUGCAGCGACCAAAGCCACCGAGACCCCCCUGCUGCCUCCAUGCGGACCGAGCUCCAUCUUCCUGUUCUUCACAGGCUGCCUCGUGCUGAGCGGACAUCUUUUUACACGUCACACGCCAAAGACAGCAGAACAAUGUCAGGACUAUCCGGUGUGCGCCAGGAGGCCCGUGUGCAUGAUGUCACCCAUCGCUACAGCCAAGACACCUUGAUCGGCUGUUUGUGGAAAGGAGUGGUCAAUAGGCGUGUAAAAACCAGGCACUGUUUGUACUGUGUAUACUGUAUAUACUGCAUGUACUGUAUAUACAGUAUGUACCGUAUACACCAUAUGUACUUUAUAUACCGUAUGUUAUGCUAGCCAUGAUCUUAACAAGAGUGGACUGACACCAUGAACACUUCCUGUCCCUCACGUCAUGUGGGACAUCCACGCAAGCCCUUUUCUGACACUAACAAAUAAAUACUCCAAUUAUGAGAUAAAAAGUCCCAAUUAUGACAUACAAAGUCACAAUUGUGAGGUAAAAAGUCGGAAUUAUGAGAUAAAAAUUCAUAAUUGUGAGAUAAAAAGUUGAAAGUAAGAUAAAAAGUUGAGAUUAAGAGAUAAAAAGUCGUAAUUAUGAGAUAAAACGUCGAAAUUGUGAGAUUAAUUAAUCGAAAUUAUGAGAUAAAAAGUAGAAAUGAUGAGACAAAAAGCUAAAACUAUGAGAUAAAAGGUCUAAAUUGAGAUUAAAAAAUCCAAAUUAUGAGAUAAAAACUCGAAAUUAGGAGAUAAAAUCUAAAUUAUGAGAUUAAAAAAUCGAAAAUUACAAAAUAAAAAGAUGAAAUGGAGAUAUAAAAACUUUAAAUUAUGAGGUCAAUCUAAAUUAUGAGAUAAAAAGUCGAAAUUAUAAAACAAAGUUGAAACUAUGAUAUAAAAGGUCGAAAUUGAGACAAAAAGUCAAAAUUAUGAGAUAAAAACUGGAAAUUAUGAGAUUAAAAAAUCUAAAUUAUGAGAUAAAGUCUAAAUUAUGAGAUAAAAAGUUGAAAUGGAGAGAUAAAAAGUCAAAAUUAAGCGAUAAAAAUCUAAAUUAUGGGAUAAAAUAAUCAAAAUUAUGAGAUAAAGUCUAAAUUAUGAGAUAAAAAGUUGAAAUGGAGAGAUAAAAAGUCAAAAUUAUGGGAUAAAAAAUGUAAAUUAUGAAAUGAAGUCAUAAUGAGAUAAAAAAGGAAAUUAGAUAUUUUAUACCAGUCUCAGUGGCACAUCUUUGAGAAGAUUUAAUCAUUUAAAUUUCUCACAUCAGAAUUUCAACUUUUUUAUCUCAUAAUUUCAAUUUCUCAUCUCAUAAUUUUAAUUUUCUUAUCCCAUGAUUUCAAUUUCUCAUCUCAGAAUUUCUACUUUCUCAUCUCAUACUUUCAAUGUUGUCAUCUCAUAAUUUCAAUUUCUCAUCCCAUAAUUUCAAUUUCUCAUCUCGUAAUUUCAAUUUUGUCGUCUCAGAAUUUCGACUUUCUUAUCCCAUAAUUGACAUUUCUCAUCUCAGAAUUUCAACUUUCUCAUCUCAUAAUUUCAUAUUCACAUGCAUUAUUUCAAUUUCUCAUCUCGUAAUUUCAAUUUCUCAUCUCAUAAUUUAAACUUUGUCAUCUCAUAAUUUCAAUUUCUCAUCUCAUAUUUUCAAUUUCUCAUCGCAUAAUUUCAAUUUCUCAUCGCAUAAUUUCAAUUUCUCAUCUCAUAAUUUCAAUUUCUCAUCUCAGAAUUUCAACUUUAUCUCAUAAUUUCAAUUCCUCAUCUCAUAAUUUCAACUUUCUUAUCUCAUAAUUUCAAUUCCUCAUCUCAUAAUUUCAACUUUCUUAUCUCAUAAUUUCAAUUUCUCAUUUCAUAAUUACAACUUUCGCAUCUCAGAAUUUCAACUUUCUCAUCUCAGAAUUUCAACUUCUCAUCUCAGAAUUUCAAAUUUCAAUUUCUCAUCUCAUAGACUGACGAUUGGGUGUUUAGUUUUUGUCAGUGGUGUAAAAGGUGCUUGCAAGAAAGAACAAGGUGAAGGUGACCACUCCUACAGUACAACAUACAUCUGAGUCAUCAUGUUGGUCUACAACCAGGUGAUGGUGACCACUCCUACAGUACAACAUACAGUACAUUCGAGUCAUCAUGUUGGUCUACAACCAGGUGAUGGUGACCACUCCUAAAGUACAACAUACAGUACAUCCGAGUCAUCAUGUUGGUCUACAACCAGGUGAUGGUGACCACUCCUACAGUACAACAUACAUCUGAGUCAUCAUGUUGGUCUACAACCAGGUGAUGGUGACCACUCCUAAAGUACAACAUACAGUACAUCCGAGUCAUCAUGUUGGUCUACAACCAGGUGAUGGUGACCACUCCUACAGUACAACAUACAUCUGAGUCAUCAUGUUGGUCUACAACCAGGUGAUGGUGACCACUCCUACAGUACAACAUACAUCUGAGUCAUCAUGUUGGUCUAGAACCACUCCUACAGUACAACAUACAUCUGAGUCAUCAUGUUGGUCUAGAACCACUCCUACAGUACAACAUACAUCGGAGUCAGCACAAUUGUACUAAAAGCACAAGAUGACUCAAGUUGAAAUAAAUAAACGAUAAUUUCUUAGUCCUUGUGUCACUUUAUCCUCCCUGGUUCCUCCAAGGAGCCCACCUGUGAUAGAAUAGACGUCCCCAUGAGAAAUAAUCCUAAUAUGGAAGUAUUUAGACCGGUUGAAGUGGAUUGCAUUCAUUGUGGGGGCCCCUCAAACUUUUCAUUACGUGUUGGAUGGAACCAAGGCAGGACCUACUAUUAUUAUUAUUAUUAUUAUUAUUGUUUUUAGGUACGUCAUUCAUCGCCGUGACGGUUCUUUGCUCUUGUCAUACUUCUUGUGAAUACAGUAGAUGUAUGUGGAACAAGAGAAUGUGUUAUUCAAAUUGUAAAAACAUAGUCAGGUCCAAAAGAGUCGUUUUUAAGCCCCCUGUUCCCAGAAACAAAAAGAAUGAACUGUGUUCUUAUGGAUGUGUUUGUUUAUAACAACUGUUUCUCUGUGAACUGUACUACAAUAAAACUGUUUGUUUGAAA